AGUUAAAGUGUUAUGAAGUCUUCAAUUGCUGUUGUUUUCAUUGUCAUUUGUAUUGGCCUUAUUCAAAAGUGCCAAUCUAACGAUUUUUCAUCAUUUCUUAGUGUAAAUGCAUCAUUAGCCGUUGUUGUGGACCAUGAUUACAUGGAACAAAAAGGCACUGAUAUCAUGAACGAUUUACAAAAAAUUCUCGAAGAAACUAUACGAGAAAACUUAAAGAAUGGAGGAGUCAGUUUGAAAUAUUAUACUUGGAGUCCAGUGCGAUUGAAGAAAGACUUUAUUGCUGCCAUAACAGUUAUGGAUUGUGACAGAACUUGGAGUUUUUUCGAAGCUACACAAAUCAAUUCAAUUCUCUUGUUCGCCAUUACUGACUCAGAUUGUGCUCGUUUGCCAUCCGAUAAGGCUCUUAUGAUUCCAAUAAUUUCCAAAGGCGAAGAACUUCCACAACUUUUGCUUGACAUAAAGGUACAAAAUGCCCUCAAAUGGAAAUCAUGUGUUCUUCUCCUCGACAAAACUAUUGUUAAUCAAAACUCCCAAAUAAUUGAAGCACUUGUGCAUGACAAUUCCAAUAAUAAAUUAGAUCCAAUUGCAUUGUAUAUUUACACUUUCGAUGAUAAUUUACGAAGCCAGAAGAAAAGGAGUAAACUGAGAGAAACUUUGAGGAAAUUCACAAGAAGUCGAAAUAAUCAGUUUAUUGUUUUUUCGAAUUCAAUUGAAGAUAUAAUGGAAGUCGCUCAAGAAUUGAAAAUGUUUCACAUUUAUAAUCAGUGGUUGUUUUUUGAUUUACACCAAGUCAACGAGGAUUGGACUUUUGACUUGCUGACUCAGAAUUUGAAUGAAGGGGCAAAUAUAGCAUUUGCUGUUAAUGAAACUAGUCGAAUGUGCCAGGAGUCCCUAAAAUGCAUAAUGUCUGAAAUAGCUAUGGGUUUUAUAUCGUCACUGUCGAAAGUUAUUCGAGAAGAAGAAUCUAUUUUUGGUGAAAUCUCCGAUGAAGAAUGGGAAGCAAUUCGUCUUACAAAAUCAGAAAAGCAGGAGAAGCUUUUGAACUAUAGUCAAGAUUACCUCAAGUCGAAUAGUGUUUGCGCAAGCUGCUCUAAAUGGCGUUUUAAGACAGCAAUAUCUUGGGGAAAAACUCAAGAGCAUUUCAAAAAAUUUCAUAAAAAUAAAACAAAAAAACUCGAUAAAAAUAUUUAUGACUUUGAGGAUGUUGGCUAUUGGAGUCCAGUACUGGGAUUUGUUACAGUGGAUGCAAUAUUUCCACAUAUAGAAGAACGAUUUAGAAAUAUAACAAUGGAUGUUAUUACCUAUCAUAAUCCACCCUGGCAAAAUCUUAAAACAAAUGAAAAAGGUGAAAUUAUAGAAUCAUCAGGAAUUAUAAUAGAAUUGUUGAAAGAAUUCUCUCGAAAACUAAAUUUCUCAUAUCGGCUUUAUGAUGCCAAGACAUUUGAAGAUGAUCCUACAGUAAAUGAGAAUACUACAGCUUCUACAGAUCUCUAUGGUAGUCUGACUCACUUCAUUCCAAACUCUGUAGUUGAACUCAUUCAAAACAACAGGUUCUUCUUAGCCGCUGUCGCAUAUUCCAUUGACGACCCCGAUUCAAAACCAUUUAAUUACACAAGUCCAAUAAGCAUUCAAAAGUACACUUUCCUAUCAAGACGACCUGAUGAAGUUAGCCGAAUUUACUUAUUUACAGCUCCGUUCACAUUCGAGACUUGGGCUUCGCUUAUUGGAGUCCUACUGACAACAGCUCCUUUACUCUAUUUGAUAAACAUACUUGUGCCAAUUGAAGAGCUACGUACAAAUGGGUUAUGUAAAAUGAACAACUGUUUUUGGUACGUCUAUGGGGCACUUCUUCAACAAGGUGGGAUGUACCUUCCAAGAGCCGAUAGUGGAAGGCUGAUUGUUGGUGUUUGGUGGAUUGCAGUUUUAGUUCUUGUCACAACAUAUUGCGGCAAUUUAGUUGCAUUUCUCACAUUUCCUAAGUUUCAGCCAGCCAUUGACUUUUUGUUUCAGACAUUUCAGCAUACCGAAGUAGAGCAGUUCGGUUUGCGGAAUGGGACUUUUUUCGAAAAAUAUUCAUCGAUUACAACAAGAGAUGAUUUUAAAAAAUUCAUGGAAAAAGCCACAAUGUAUAACAAUUUGAGCACAGAAAAUAUAGGAGCAGUCGAAAAAGGACAACGCAUAAAUAUUGACUGGCGUAUCAACCUUGAGCUUACUAUUCAAAAGCAUUUUGAGAAGGAUAAAGAGUGUAAAUUUGUGCUGGGCAAAGAAGACUUUGUUGAAGAGCAAAUAGGAUUAAUUAUGCCAGUUAAUAGCCCCUAUAUGUCAUUGAUUAACGAUGAAAUCAAACGUCUUCAUCAAAUGGGAUUUCUAGAUCGUUGGCAUAAAAUCAAUUUACCAUUAAAAGAUAAAUGUAAAGGAAAAGGAGUUCUUGGUCAAAUAACAAAUCAUAAAGUUAAUUUAACUGAUAUGCAAGGAUGUUUUCUUGUAUUGCUUAUUGGUUUUGUAAUAGCACUGUUUGUAAUUCUUUGUGAAUAUUGGUGUCAAAGCCUAAAUAAAUCGAAGAAAAGUAAUUUCGAACAAUAUUCAACUUAAGUUUAAUGUCUUGAGGUGAAACGUGUGAAAGGUAUAAAGUAAUGAACAUAAACCUUUAAACAUUGUUUUUCAGUAUUAUAACAAUAAGCAAAAUAUUAUGUACAAAAAUCGGUACAAAGUUAAUUAACUUUAAUUUA